AUGCACAUGGCUGGCGGCGCGGUGUUCAAGAUGCGACAUAUUCUCCUGAUUGUGGCGCAAGUUAUCUUGUUUUUCCACGUCGUGGAGUGUGCUUUAUAUCAUCCAUCAAUUUACUGGACUCCUCAGAAUCCACUGUAAGUCAUCAUUUUCAAUCUAUAGCUCAUUUACAUGGGUAAUGGUUUAAUAAGAUUACGCAAAUCAAACUUCGCGAGUAUUUUCAGUCAGUUCUUUGGUUGACUCUCCAGUAUCUCGGACAAUCCGUUUUCUCAUACUUUUGAAACCUCUCUACUUAGAUUCUUGCGGCUCUAAGCUAUUAAAUGACAUCGCUUGAUUGUAUUCCCUAUUGAAAUUGCUAAAUUUCCUAUUGUCUUGCUUACUAAUUAUGUGUUUAGUGGAGCCUUUACAGUGAAUACAAAUCGCGCACUGUUAUCAGUUCAAUCGAGCUGGAAGAAAGUUAUUACUCCCUAAACUUAUUCGCGGUUUUGUUACCUUUAAUAAUGUGUCACAAGUUACUGAUAAGGAUUUGUGGCCACAACCAUAAAGUGCAGUACGUUGUGGAGAACUACAGCCAUGCAUCGGUCUAUUUACUCGCUGAAGAGAGAAGACAGUUUCCUUUUCAACUAAAAAAGACAAUAUCAUGUAGCUUUGAACGCUCUCUUUCAUUAUGCAUAUUUGUGCAAUGAAAAGCCUUUUUACUUGCGAAACAGCUUUGAGUUAUAUUCGUUCGCUUCUGGCGUUUGUAGCUUUGUUUUGUUGCUUCAUGUCGCGUUGUUUACAUAGUCCUGUUGGGUUUGCUUCGAAAACCACUAGUGCAAAACAAUGUCAGAAGUAAAACGAAGUCUGUGCGGAAACCUUUUAUCUUUUAUGACUUUUUCUAUAUUAGCUUGGCAUGUUCAAUAACCCAACAACUGAUAACUCUCGCAACUUCGUGUGUGUAGCCUAAGCAAGUAAAAAUAUCCGGCCACUGGAAAGCUACAAGAACAACAAGUUGUAAUGAAAGACCACAUUCGUAAUAAUGAAUGUGUACACAACUAAAAGAAAGUACUUCAGAAUUGGCCAUUUGUAUUGAAUUUUCUGAUAAAUUUAAUUAGAGAAUGCCAUUGGGAUAAGCGUUGUUACCUUAGUUACACAGAGAAUUUCCAAGCGAAAACUCUUUAGAAAACUAACUGUUUGUCUAACGCGAAAUGUGAGCACUCGUUUUGCCACCAGAUUUCUGCCGUUCGAGAGGCUUUUGCGGUAUUUCGUAACACUAGUAACAAAACGAUUUCUUUAUUUGUCUAUGUGUUUGCUUAAUUUAUACCCUUCCCUCAAUAUCCUGUAACCGCUUGAUUUGAUUACUUCGUUUGCGGUAGGCUCUUCCUGAGCUAACAACAGUAAAUGACCCGUGAAUUGUUUUGGGUGACCCAACGUAAAUUAAGUUUUAUCGAAAACAAUACACCUUUCUGAUAAGCUAAGAUCCAUGUAGCGUUGAAUCAAAACAGUUUUGUGCCUUCAACCUCAGACAAAAGCGAAACUUAUGACCCCGGUUCAUGGCAAUUUUGUAGGAUAAUCCUGUUUGCACAAAAAUUAAGUAGGCCAACUCUUGGAAUUUGAAAUCCUUAUUUGUUUUUCCGUCUGGGUUGAUUCUGUCGUUUCUAAGAAUAACAUUUUGAUAAUGCGACGAAAUGAGAGAAAGGAAUCGGAUGAUGUGCAAUGUAAAUUUACAAAAACAUGUGAAAACAGUAUGUGAAACUAUUUUGACGUUUUAACCCAGCUCCUGGGGGCCAAAGUUAACCAAUGUUGAAAGCAGCACUUGAAAAGCGCAGCCUUUGAAAUGUUAUAGCUGAAAAAAAUGCUUAAAAUAUUGAAUAUUCUAUGUCACGAGCUUUUUUGAUACCCUCUGAUAUAGAUUUUUGUAAUUAAUUCUUAAAGACAGAGUGGGCCCUUUAUUUGCCAAGUGAUGAAAUGAUAUCACCGCUCAGAUAUUAACAGCUUAUUUUCGUUUGUGAGAGAGGAGAUAACACAAGUCAGCCGCUGUUGACUGUCCAGUAGUACAACUUAUACUUCAUCUGCAUUGGCAAGCGAAUAUUCGCCAUGCAAGACGGCUUGUGUUCUACUUGAGAGCAACUAAUCAGCGGAUAACACCUUUAGUGUUAAUCGUUUCCUCUCCAUUCUAUUUGCGGUGUUAUUUUGUUAAUUGAAUUCUCUUUGGCUUUUUUAGUACUUUUGGUCCUUUUGGAGAUAUAAUUGUUGUCAGUUGGCAAUUCAGGCGACUAGCGAUAUCUUUCAUUUCAUUAGAGCGUUCUGAAAUGAGUCCAAUACCUUAGAAAAGUUGAUUGAGUUGUUGCAAAGGCCACCCUUGUCCGUCAUCACGGUCAAGAAAAUUACUUUCCGGAGAUUUUAACUGGCUUGUCGGAUUUGUCCUGGCCUGUGUCUGAAAAGGUGUUAGAUGUGCUGUCCAAGAUGAAAAAGACGUGAGGUCAUCUGGCACUAGCCUCUUGCAUGCAGAGCUUUAAAUCAUAAAAAUAUCUUCACGAAACACAUUAAUACGAAGAAGAUGAAAAUGGCAGUAUAUACAAACUAGAUGAACUGAAUGAAAUGAUAUAGCUAGCCUGCCGAGCAAGCUAAAAGACGGCGUGUUUCAUUGCAAUGUAUUAAGACCUCCGGAUUUAAUAGACCUCUGGGUGUUAAAAUAGUUGUAAGGGCAGGAAUUACAUUUCUUUAGGUGUCUUUCCGUUGUAAACGUGGUAGUUUUAAUGAAUUUCUGCUAUAAUCCUUUCAUAAAUUGCGUUACUGGCUUGUUUAAUAGUUGCUGGAAUGCGCAGGACCUGACAUUGGCCUUUCACCGUCUUUAACUUUGCCUGACUUUGCAGAUUGCAAGCGAAAACAGCUAUGUAGAGAUUUGACAGAUUUAUUGCCCUAAACCAGUAAUCAUACUUAUCAUUUUUCGGUGUGAUUUUGUUUAAAAUGAAACCUGUACACUACAGCAACCACAUCGCCUACAAAUUUAAACGGCCUCAAAAUUUGUUCUUAGUGGCGAUUUCAGUUAAGAAAAAUACACUAGGUGAGCUUUUUUCCUAUUUUAUGAAAGACGAAACGAAUACCAUACAUUUUUGCCACGAUAAACUGUCAUGCAAUGGUCAGGCUAAGCUUGUAUGAAAAUAAAACAUGUCAAAGAAACUUGCGUGUACGCUCCAGCUACAGCUCUGAGAUAAAAUCAGAAAAUCAGUAUUUGAAGAUAAGGAUAGGUGUUUAUUAGCUGUUCAAGGACAUAUCCAUCGUUUGUCAAUUAACGUGUGUGUCCCAAUUUCCACGUUGUAUUCAAACUAUAGGCUAAUAAAUGCUAUUUUUGGAACGUACGGAAAAGCCAUCUGUUGUAAAUCAGGUGUCUGAAUAAUUUCACAAAUCUUUGAUUGAUCCGGCCCCAUGCAUUGUGAGAAAUUCCAAGUACGAUUAUUUUGUUUGGAACGGUUGAGUCUUCAGUUUAACCACAUGUUCAGGAUAAAAAGUGAAAUACCAAGAGUUAACAAUGUCGUUACGUUAUAGCACAGUUGUAGUAGUUCUCUUUUAGUUAUCUGAUGUUUUUUGUUAUAUUUCUUCAAUCCUCGUAGGCAGAACAGACUUACUUUUUAUACAUAAAGUAAUAUCAGGACGUGAAGAAAAACAUACUUACGCUUUCAUGAAGUAAUAUCAUCAAGAUAAUAAAAUCCAAUAAAGUUUGUUUUUAUUACAAAGGAAUAUCUUAUUAAUAUUCGACUAGCGGCAAAUCACAAGUUAUAAAAGAUGCUGUGUUGACUGACUUUUUUGUGAUUCCGAAGGCGAUAAUGUCAAAAGAAAAAUAUUGGAGAUCCGCUCUUUUCUUUUUCUGGAAGCUGAAAAGUAAUAUUGUUAUAAGAACCACACAAUUCCUUCCUUAAAGGCGUCUAUUCCGGUAGAAGCUUCCAGUAGAAGUUGAUUCGCGGUUGUUUGGACAUGAAAUUCAAACGUAGGUAAGUCCAACGUCAUAGGCAAUAAAAGGACCCUGAAAAUCAUUGAUAUACGAUAGUGAAGUCAUUUGAAACAUUGGAACAUCACAGCUUUUUGCUUACGUCUUUAACUCAUUAGGAGACGCAAAAGAUAAUUUGAUUUUAUAAGGACUGAUUUACAGCAGUUUCCUCCUUUUAUACGCGGCGACAAGUGCUUUUUUAAUUUGCCUCCGACAGAAGCAAUGCAGAAGCAAUUCCUUGUUACGUUUUCAAAGCUACAAGCGGAUGUAAAUUAACUUGUCACAAUGUCAGUAACGUUUUGGCAUAUUUCAAACGAAAAACAUUGCUUUCAGUAAUUUGCCUAUCAAGAAGGUCCAUUUAAAUUCCUUCAGAAAAACAACAAGACCGCCAUACGGAAGUAGUUUACAUAUUAACAACUUCAAUCACGCCCCAAAAUCCAUGCGUGAGUUUGAAAACGUACCCCCAGGACUGUUGUUUCGACGCGUUCGAACUCAUGCGGAGUUAGACAAAUCGUCAACGAAACGAUACAGUAAUUAAUACACACCUACAUAAUUUUGUCUGUAAAUUUGUAAAAAACACUCUCGCAGACUGGCACAUAUGGUUUAAUAGUUAGUUUAACAAAGGGGGAUUUGAUAUUGCAGACGGAAGAGAACUAAGGAGAACACUGGCGCUGCCUCUUCUUACCUCACGUGAUAGCCGAGGUUUUCAACCAUAAGCAUCCAUAUUACUGGAAGAUAUUCUCAGCCAUACUUUUUAUCGAGUCAUAUCACCCGGUGCCUUUAUUUUACACAAACUUCGACAGGCUUAAUAACUUGUCGACAUAAGUAUAGAAUGCAUCAAAGUUCCUCUAAUCUUGAUUAAUUUUGCAAUACAAAUUUCAUUAAAUCUGUUUAUGGAACAAACAUGCAUGGAAUUGUUCAGUGGUGUUUUGCGUGGUAUUUUUUCACCGCAAGCAUAACAGUGCGAUGCGUAAAUAAAAAGUUUAAAGAAGGUGGAGUUGUGUCUACUAAGCAACGACUAAAAAAACCCGCAACGGACAUUUAAUCUACUGCGCCCUUUCUAGGCCAAGAGCGAUGAAGAUUCAGGGCCAGUUUAGCCUGCAGUGUUUAGCAAAACUGCUUCUUCUAAGCCAUUGCAGUUUGCCGAACGCUUUAAUGUAAACGCCAUUUAUCGUGAACAGUUUCAUGAAAGCAUAUGGCGUAUUCUAGAAAAGCAUCUAUUUUCUUAAAAUGACCCAGUAACGAGGAGGUCUGGAGGUCCAAAGAUUUACUAAACCGUAAAUAACCGACCCUCACAGUCUUAGUAGACAAGCAUCGUGUCUUUUUUAAUUGAGCCAUUGAAAAGUUUUUUUUUACUUUUUCUCAGAUAGAGGCGGGAGUGAGGAGAAGUGAUAUUGACAAUAAGAAAGAGAGGGUUUUCGCUUAACACAGAUGUUCUCUGCUUGGAGUAUUUGCUUUAACGCAGAUUUUUUAUACCACACAUAUUCAAGACGGCAUAAAAUUAAUCCUUGUCCCCACUAGAACUACAACCGAAUCGGAAAUGGGGGGCUUUCGUGGCCAUAUGGGCUUCGUCAAAGACCCUUUUAGCCCCUGUUAAUUCACACAAGACUUCAAAAAGUCUUUGUCUGGUACCACUAUUUUCUUUUUUUGUCAGACUUGUAUGGUUUAUUUAUUUGAUUACAGUACUUCCGUGAGCGCCAUAUUUUAUUUUUUUAGUGUCGCACUAAUUUGACAAUGGCAGAAUUCAUUACCUUCCGUUCGAAAAAGUUAAGUCAGGUGUAAAGUAAAAAAAUCAAAGUUAUUUUUGUAUUGUUAUUAUGUUCACUUUCCAGCUUUUCCUUACUCUUUUGGCAGGAAUUAUUCUCGCUUUCUCCAAUGCUUUAACCCUGUCCCUUCGACCUUGAGACAAGCCCUAAAGCUUGUCUAUUCAUUGUCAAAAAUCGCGUGUCCAAAGCGGUGCGUGCAUGCCUGGUCGGUUGAUGUUUUCGUCGGCUUUGGUUAAGAGUUAUUUCCACUCGUUUCCGAAAGUACUUAAGAUUUCUUCGUCGUAUUGUUAGCUUUUCCAUUAAUAUUGUUAGUCAAAGCUUCGCCCGUGCCAAUUCUUUGUUCAUGGCAGAUUUCCUGUUUAUUACAAAGUGUCAGAGGACCCUCAAGAGAUCUUGUUUGUAGAGAUUUAAAUGUGUUGUUGCAGACUGAAGUUGGGAUCACGUUGAACUAAAAAUUAAAAAUUAAAAUACGGAUAUGAUACCAAGCGUAGUCUUUAUGAGAAAAGUGUUUUGUCUGUCUUAAUUUAAUUUGCCCAUUUGUUCAAGUCUUUAAAUAUGUCUAAAAUUGUCUGGUAGCGUACUGACGUGACCUGUAGAAACGCUUCACACUUUUAAAAAGCCCUUGACCUAGACCUAAGUCCCUGCGCACUUUGGGUUCUUGUGUGACCAGCGAGGCAUGUUAUUACACUGCUGAAUUGUCUUGACGCAAAUUUCAGGCUUCGUUCACAGGGCACUGGACGGAUUUUCUAUCGGCUGAAAAAUUUGGCGAGUUGCUUGGUUCACACUGAACUGUUCAUUAUUUAUAUAUUUUCGAACAGGUUGAAUUUUAACUUUUGUUAGAGGCUUCACUAUCGGCCCAUGCACAGAGCGCUAGUUAUUUACGCAAAUCCAAUCAUGGCGCCUCCCAGCUGACUUAUCACGCAUCCAUGCAACCACGCCUGCUGUAGAAAAAUUAAGAAGGUCGUGGUGUUCGCGCAUUGCUUUGGUCAAAUUUUCGACUGUAUCAGCUUAAAAUAUGUCCUCAAUUUUGGCUUUCAAAUUUCGUACGCUUAAGGUGAUUCCGUGUGUGAACGGAACACCUACACCCUGUCGGAAUUAUAAUUCGUCCGGUGUGCCAUGUGAACAUAGCUUCAAUGUAUAUUGCUCGACUAAAUCAUAGCAAUUAGUCGAACCCUGGAAGGAAAGCAGUUUUUUUGCGGAUAAGCUGAUUACGUUACUUCGGUUUGAAAGCCUAUUUGUUUUAGUUAUACCGUAAAAUUCCGAAAAUAAGCCCUUCAUGUAUAUGUAUAAGCCCCUCCAAAUAAAAGCCCCCCAAACUCGUAACGCAAAAAAACCUCCGUUAAAUCGCCCCUCCCAAUAUAAACCCUCGGGGGCUUGCACUUGGAAAUUGCCCUCAAAUACAAAGUGAUAAAACAAAGCAAAAUCGGUACGGUAACAUAUAAAUUUUUCUAUUUUCCAAAUAACUUACUAUCACUUGUACCAAAUAAUUGCCCUUCGUACAUAAGCCCCUCCGAAAGCCCUGGGACUUAUUUUCGGAAUUUUACGAUAUGUCAUUUAUGUCACUCUCGCCCUGUGACAAGCAGAACUGAUCCAUUGCUGAAGUUAUUUAAUUUCUUGUCCUUUCAGGUUUGAUCGAAAUGAUAGCGUUCUUUACGUACUUCCUUUGUCCAGAGUUCAGGUUGUGUGCCCAAAUCCAUCAACUGUUAUGAAAAAAGUGAAAGUAGACAGCACUGAAAAGGAAUACCAGAACCUAUGGAUCGUCUCACGCGAAAGCUAUGAGCGCUGUAGCACUGACAAGAGCCAAGGGAGUAAACUGCUUUUGCGAUGCGACACUCCCUUGUCACUGAAGUACCUCACAUUAUUGUUUCAGAGAUAUAGUGCUGUUUACGAUUUUGGCUACAUUCCUGGGCAAGAGUAUUACUUCAUUGGUAUGUUGAUUUAGUCCAUAGUUAGCCUGCGUAGCAAGCGUUUCCUUUUUUGUUUUUUUUGCUCCCGCUCUAACUUUCGCACAGUAACUCGAUUGGAAACGCUUGCUACGCAGGCUAGUCCAUAGUUCUUGAUACGUGCUGUCGCGUAGCACACAAUUUACGCUACCGUAAAUCAGGCAACAAAAAUGUGCAACUUGUUUUGAAGCAUUGCUGCAAAACUAGUUGGAAAACGAUAUUGCGUGUUUUGCCACCCACGUUCAAACCUGUCUUGCAUGAACAAAUCAGGUUGCUGCAAGUUGCGUGAAUACUCACUUCUGAUUGGAUAAAAGUACGCGGGAAUCACGCCAGGCCGGGACUUACGUCACUUGCUGCAAAACAAGUUUGCCUCGGGCGGGUAGAACGCGCAACGUGUAAACAUUUUGUUGCAAAAAGUAGAACUACUCUCUACUUUCUGCAAAAAUUUUUCGCAACCUGCAACAGCCUGAUUUGUUGCAAGACAGAUUUGAACGUGGGUGUUAAAAUGAGGAGCAACAUCGUUUUCUUCUCGUUGCAUGUAUUUGCGGCCCGUUUGACCGUACCUUAAAAUGUCAGCUGUCUCUUCGCCCCACCCCACACCCCAACGGGGGGUCACAAAAUCAAAAGACAUCUUGUGUUCUCUCACCGGUGCGUUCUAUUUGAUUGAUAAAUAGAGAGCUUAGAUUUGAGGACGGGAACGAGUACCAGAUUUGCUUAAAGUUUUAGUGCGCGUUCUAAAAAACGACACCCCGGAAAGCUUCAUUCUACUUUUUUCACCAAAACAGUUAGUAUGGUUAUUUAUACUGAACGAGGUUAAGCCCUUUCCCGAUGGCAAAAUGCCACUACGACAUUCUCGCUAAAAGUCGUAGUAGAAUGACGAUGGCUAUCACGUUUUCCCGCCAAAAUGACGCUGAUUCACGCUUGAGCUAUACACAGUAUUGAGAAAAUCUCGUACUCGUAGUCGUCUUCCUCUCAGAAUCUAAAGCUCUCUAAUGAGAUUCAAGUGCUAUCAUUGCCUAGUCGCUAGUCCUGAUUAUUACGCGGGGCUUAUGCGUUUCGGGUCACGUGGUCCGAGCGAUUCGCUGGGUCACGGAUACGUCAUCCGAAUGCAUUGACCUAGAAGGCCCAGGAAGACGACGUACAGGGACUAGGCAAGUACUGUAGCAUUCAACAACAUUUUGCAAUGAGCGAUGCGGAAAAUGUGAAUGCAAUCUUUCCUUUGGUUUUUUGCCUGGAAUAAAAUGUUUUGUUAUUAUGUGAUGUAUGUUAUGUGAAGUUGCCUUUUUGUGUAAGAUUGCUUAAAUUGAUUUUAAUCUGAUUAAAUUUCAGCAACCUCGGAUGGUUCUCAAGAAUCACUUGAUAGACCCUCAGGAGGAAAUUGCCAACAUAGGAAUAUGAAACUACGAAUAUUUGUGUGUCUCAACAAGAAAGGUUAGAAAUAUUUUAAAAUGUAUGACGGUGUAGGCAUUCAGUAAACUUAGUGAACAUUCGUAUUUCCGCUUGUUGAUUCCGAAUCAAAUUGGACUAAAGAAGGAUUCAAUUUUCAAGAAAAUAACAGUCCUUCGUGGAGUGAUUUGUCGGGCUUGCGUCUUUCCUAACUUUAGUAAUAUCCGUUGUUGAUCGAAUAACUCUUCUGUCUUUCGUGGAAAAGUCAUUCACGAUUAGAGAGAAAUCUAGAAUCACGUUUACGGCAAAUGGCAAAUUGUUCGCUGCUUUUUGUUAAAUAUUCAUUGUAUUUGCACAGCAUGUCAGGUUUCGAUAGGUUCAUCCACAAAUGUCAUUUUGCACAUUUUCGUUAUUUUUUUUACUUCCUAUUUGAGAAAGUGUCCAUGUAAGUCUAACUUCUGCCGCUUGUUGUCAGCGUAAAUAAAUUGGACGAGGUUGAGCGAAAUAUCGUGAUUUGUCAUUGGCGAGCAGAUCAAUUAUUUGCCGAAGCCGAAUGUCGUGGAUGAGACAAGAGGACAACAGGACGUGCCCUCUUUACACAUUAACAUGCUGGGACGUCAGCAUACAGGGCGCCAGUAGCUCUCUUCUCUCUCGCUUUAAAAAGCCGUCGACGGUCGUUAGAUUGGUAUGACUCAAUGAUAAUAAACUGUUUAUAUAGUAAUUAGUUAAUUCUCUGAUUUUUUUAUUGUUUUCCUCAAGACCCCCGUUGCAAUCCGCAAACAACAACGACAGCGACAAGAGCAACAACUACAGCAACAGCAACAACAACAAUAACAACAACAACAAAACCACGCGUCACAAAUGCAACGUCAGCGAAAGCAAGAACAAAAGUUAUAAGUACUGACACAGAUAUUCAAGCAGCGAUCCUAUCUACAAAUGCGGGAUCCACCACUGUUCUUACCACAAACUCAACUUUACUCGCGCCUCUCGCGGAGGUCGGUAGGCCAUCAAGUUUACCAACAAGAAAAUUUAGUUCAAGCGCCAUUUCUUCUUCAUUUUCUUCGACGUCUACAAAAACAGUGACGCCACCAGUUCUGGCACGUGCUAGUUCAGGCGAUCAAGGCACAUCUGGACAUAAGCGUGUGCUAGGUGCAGGUAAAGCCGAUUCGGGUUAUUUUCCUUUCCACCGUAGAGUUAUUCUCCCUUGGGGCCACAAUGUAAAUUACUGUGUCCACCCUCUCGUAUUUGUAUUGCCAAGUACAGUCGAACCCCGCGUUAUGGACACUCGCUUAAUACGGACACCUCAUUAUUACGGACACUUUUCUUUGUCCCUGGGGAAAGAAAGUCCUUACAUUUUCUCUAAAUUCAACCCGCUUAAUACGGACACCUCGUUAUUGCAGGCAUGCAGUGUUUUCCUUGUCCCUGGGGAAAGAAAGUCCUUACAUUUUCUGUAAAUUCAACCCGCUUAAUACGGACACCUCGUUAUUGCAGGCAUGCAGUGUUUUGCUUGUCCCUGGGGAAAGAAAGUCCUUACAUUUUCUCUUAAUUCAACCCGCUUAAUACGGACACCCAUUAAUGAGGACAACGGACACUUGUUUCUUGCCCAGUCAACAGAUUCUCAUAGAAGGUCAACCUUGCUAAUGCGGACACUUCAUUAUCAAAUCCUUUGCUGUAACAGUUCUUUCCUUUCUGAAGGAAAAAAAUCCUUCUGUUUACAGCAUUUCGAUAUUCCCAGCGCUACAGUACACCGGAUAGUCUUCAAAUUGUGGCUAUUUUGGCAUCCUUCAAGUUACGCAGAGAACGGUUUUGAUUAAGAAAUAUAUAGAUGAGCGAUUUUUGAGUGUUUCUGUGGAUUUAGUCCGCGGAAUAACGGCUUUGUGAAGGUUAGAGAUGUUACAUUUGACGAUGUUAAGGUCCUUUUUUAUUCCCUUUAUAGUAUUUUGUACUAAUAAGAGGUGUCUUUUCGACUUUAAUAACAUGACCUGCUUAAUACCGACGCCCUCAGCUGUGUCUGUAUUAACAGGGUUUGACUGUGGGUGCUGUCCUUGGUGGUAAUGAGGUUGGUGGCCAUAUCAAUAUGCACCUACACUAUUGCUUUUAUCGGUUUGAUUUUCAUUAAUGUCCUCGCACCCAACUUUGAAGCACAAAGGGCUCGGAGAUGAAGAAAGUUUCAACAAUUGCGACCUAGAUUGCGGUACAAUUUGAAGGGUUUGGCUGAUUUCUUUUUUUUUGUAUGUGCGGUAAACUUCUACAAAAAGCCUUCCUCAAUUAAAACAUCUCUUUUUAAUUCCAUAUCUUUUUAAUAUUUCCACAGUUUCGGAGAUGAACUGGAUCAUUAUUGUUCCUUUAAUGGCCUGUCUUCUCCUGUCUCUUAUUGGAAACAUCAUCUUAGUUUGUCGCUUGCGAGUUCGACAAAACGAGUACUGUGUAACCGAAAAAUGCAAUGCAAUAGUGGAAGCUGCGCCUGUUAAACAUUUAGAAUCUCCAAAAAUACAAACCAGAGUGGAAAAAGCUCUACUGUUAUUCAGAAGAUCCGCGGAUGUUUCGGAGGUUUAA